AUGUUUGCUAAACUUUUACCACUUGUUUUGGUGCUUUCACUUGGAGCUUUUCUUGUUUGUGCUAGAAAUUUACCAAAUGAAAAUGAUUCUCUUGUUGCAUCAAAGUAUGGAGUUACUGAUUAUCAAGGAGGGGUAGAUAACAAUAUUGGUGGUGGUGGAUUUGCUGCUGAUGAUGCAACCCCAGGUGUGCCAACUGGGCCGGGUGUGGGAGGAUCCAUUAGUGGUGGCGUUAGCGCCGGAAUCGGAGGAAGAUUGGGUAUGGGAGCUGGGCCCGUUAGUGGAGGAGCUGAAGGUAGGGUUGGAGUUGGGAUUGGUGCUGGAGCUGGUGCAGGUGUUGGUGCUGGUGCUGGAGGCAUGGGCGGUGGCACUGGCGGCAGUCCACCUGGCAUUGGAAUAGGUGGCAGCGGCGGGGUUAGCGGUGGAGUAAGUGGCAGCGGCAGAAUUGGCGGUGGUGUAGGCGGCAACGUUGGAGGCGGAUUUGGCGGACCUGGUAGUGGAACCGGCGGAGGGUAUGGCGGACCUGGAAGUGGAGCCGGCGGAGGAUAUGGAGGUGGAUAUGGCGGCGGAUGGCCGUGA